AUGAGGAUAGUACGGAGUACGCUCCCUGUUUGUUUGUUAGCACAAAACUUGAAAUGGUCAAACCAGCUGGAACUCACCAGCCCAGGGAGAGGCACCAGCCCCGUCAGACCGAAGGAGUCUGCCAGGUUCCUGGGAGUCUGGCUGGACCGGAAGCUCAACUGGAAAGCCCACCUUGCAGCGGUGGAGAGGAAGCUGAGGACCCAGAGCUAUGCCUUGUCGAGGCUAGCGGAGUCGACGUGGGGACUGGGGCUAGCCAAAGCGCGAGAAGUGUACAAAAAGUGCAUCCGGUCAGCGCUGGCCUAUGGCGCAUCGUCGUUCCACAUCCCCACGGAUGUGGGAGGCGAGCCGGUAAAGAAAGGCAUCACCAAGGCCCUCGGGAAGGCCCAGAACAAAAGCUUGCGGAUUGUAGCGGGAGCCUACAAGCACACUCCCAUCCGCAACCUCGAGACGGAGACAUGGGUGCCGCCGUUGGACCUAUAUUCCAACAAACGGCUUGCGGACUUUGAGACCAGGCUCCAGCGAACCGACCUGGACGACGGCCAGGGUGUCAAAAAGACCGCAGGGAGCGUUAUUCUUACCGCCUGUAGCAAGAUACAGCAGAGGCUACGCUCGAGGAGCGGCAACAGGGGCCGGCCGCGAACCGUAGGGCUACGGGAGCCCACGGCGGUGGAGAAAGCCGCGGGUAGGAUCGCGCGCUGGACGGGGGGGAUCGCAGACACGGACAGGGUAGUAGAAAACGCCUGGAAAGCGAGGUGGUUAAAGGAACGGGACGGCAGGGCAAUCACCAGGCCGGCGGACGACUUUGACCAUCAGCAGGAGACGCUAUUCCGGAACGGAACCCUAAGGAGGCACGACGGUCUCAGCAAGGCAAAGAGCUCACUGCUGAUUCAAAUCCGGACGGGAGCAAUAGGCUUACGGGACUUCUUGUUUACACGGGGAGUCCCGGAGGUUCUGACUCCUGCCUGCGAGUGUGGCGAGGGACGAGAGACUGCCGAACACCUGGUAGUGUGGUGUUUGGCCCCACCGUUGACUAGAAGAUGGGAGAGAACUGGAAUUCGGACACGACGGGACUUUUACUCUGUUCUACACGGCAUCAAUCCCACGACUGCACGGCUCGCGAGGAGAGUUCUCGACUGGCUGAUGGACUCGGGGAAGCUGCCGAUGUACAACUUAGCCAGGAGGCUCGAGCUGGAAGCGGCGGCCUGA